AUGGAUAACUUUGAAGAUGAACUCACCUGCUCGGUCUGCUAUAAUAUUUUUGACGAUCCACGAAUCCUGCCAUGUUCACACACUUUUUGCAGGAAUUGUCUUGAGAAAGUUAUACAUUCCUCAGGCAGUGGCCUUUGGAGGAUAUCUGUUGCCCGGCUUAAAUGCCCAUCGUGCCGAAACACUUCAGAACUUCCGCUGUCGGGAACUCUCGCACUACCCAUAAACUUUGCCCUGAAAUCCAUUGUUGAAAAGUACAAAACUGAAAACCACGUCAAAGCAGCCACCUGCCCUGAGCACAAUAAACAGCCCUUAAAUCUAUUUUGUCUUAAAGGGAAAAAAUCAAUCUGUGGCCAGUGCCUUACGGUGGGGCAACACCAAGGACAUGCAAUUGAUGAUCCAGAAAGUUCCUACUUAAGAGAGAAGCUGACUGCCUCGAAAUAUCUCCACAUCCUGAGUGACAAGCACUUUACCGGGGUUUCUUUUGUCAUUAAGAAGCUAGAAGAACAAAUGACUUAUUGUAAACAGAUAGUUCUGGAUGAUAAAAAAGAGGUGAUGGAUUUUUUUGACCAGUUAAACGAGACGUUGGAGCAGAAGAAACAAAACAUGCUGGCUGCUCUAAAUGAUCUAAAUCAACAAAUUGUUGAGGUGUAUGCUCCAAAGAUAGAGGAGAUGAAGGAGAUUCAAGAUGAAGAGCUAGAUCUCAUCUCUCUGAGCAGCUCCGUUCAAGAAGAGACCUCCCCUCUGCUAUUCCUUGAAAACCUUCACAACAUUCGCAAAAGGAUGAAAGCCCUGAUGAAGCGGGAACCUAUUACUGUCCACCCCGUUGCCAUCUACCCUCGAGCCAGACAGGUUCUAAAUAAUGAAUGGCUGAAAGCUAGUCUUGCUGAAAUCAAUCUGCUGUCAACACCAACAAUAAAUCUGUGCUUCGAAAUGCCUGAAAAAUCCAAAACCCUUCCAGACAAAUGGACAGUUUUUUGUAUUUUACUGAUGACAACUUUAUUUUUUGUGCUGAUUAUAUGGCUGUACAACAGCAACACUGUUAAUCAUUUUGCUUCUAGAUACAUGUCGUACCUUUCUGAAAUCAUGGAACCCGUUAGCAAGAGCUUGGGCAGUGCCGUGUUUUCUGUACAGAAAGCCGGGCUGGGUUUCUGGGAUCAGUCAGAAGUUUGGUUAUCACGUUUGUUGUGA